AAAUCUAUUACUUGCUUCUUAUCAAUAAUACAUGGCGUAGUCGGACGCCACACGCAGGACUCGACCAGCCUUACCCAAGUAUCUUGAGAAAUUAUUAUACCCUCAAAUGUAACAUAAUAUUUAUUGUGCAGUGAUUUUAUUCGAUUAAAUAUUUAAUUAGUAACGUUCGUUUUGUGUUGCUAUUUAAAGUGAGGCAAAUGUGGAUAUGGCAAACGAUGUAUAAAUUUAGAAGCCUGGAGACUAGUAGUGUAGUGCUUUCAGAGAUAAUAUAUUGCCAUCGAUGGAUAGGGCUGGCACUUCGGCACCGGUGGCCGAGCGGCAUCCUCUGGUACUGGGUGGCAGAGUACCCAGAAGUUACGGAAGCCUCUUCCCAUAUUACAAGUUCGUAAGAGAUACUGUCAGCGAAAGAAAUCCUUUUAAUGAGGAUGCUAGGCACCUAAUUAGAAAUGCGUUACGCAUACCCGCUUCGCCCUGCGCGGGCUCCACGGGUGAUGUGGGACUCCUCCUGUGGCCCCACCCCCAAAAGGGGGCUAGACAAGAAACAGAAGUUUACCCACUAAAACUCAGCGAUGUCCCUCUCAUGGUGGGCGAGGCGCGGGAUCGGCCCGGAGGCCAUACACCGCGCAGUUCGCCCCCAUUUCGGCCUGCCCUGAAAGGACAGGUUCCACUCGGGUUGGGGGCCCGAAGGGCAGACAGGGGCGUCCAGCUAGUCGACGGGUCGCAUCCCCUCUCGUCGCGCCGCGGCUAUGGCCCUACCGAGGUCCCGGCGCCGCACCAGUCGUCGUGCAAGCACAGCAGGACCCCGACAGCGCCGCAGCCGCGGGGCGAAGGGAACUCCCCUCCCCACCUUACGGUAGGGCACCUCCCAGGUUCCUCUCACCUCAAAGCCGCCUCCCUCAGUCCCCUCGCACUCCUCCACCUUACCUGGCGAGAGGAAAGAGACAAACGACCACGAGACCGGUCCGGUCUGUGCACCUUAUUGUGCUCUCCACCCAGAUGA